UUUUUUAGUCUUUUCUUUUUAACUGUGCUCCAUUGUUUACCAUUCACAAAAAUAAUAAUAUAAAAUAUGGAUUUAAAUUGGCAAUAAGUGAUUUAGCGACUUAUACAUGAGUUUUUCAUUUUUAACUUCGAUUUAUGUGUUGUAAACAAAAUGUCUUCGAGUUCCGCUGAAGAUAUACCUGAGCAGUGUAAAGAUCUAUUUACACAGGAUGGAGUAUUGCUUAAGUCAUGUAUUGGUCGUUCAAUUAAUGAGCUCAACUCUAUUGGUAUGCUGUGUAUAGUGCAGAAUGCUGAUGCUUCUAAAUGUGUGGAAUGGAGACCUAAUGAUUUGAUCACUAUUGAUUCUGACACACAGGACCAGGAAUGGGCUGUUGUUAAUACUAUUGGUCGUCGUCAACGAACUCUAAGUGGAAAUAUGACGUCAGAUUAUGCGACACUCAGAGCACGAAUUAUAAAGAUACCGUUGAGCGAACUGAAAACAUUCCGAGUGUCCAGAAACAAUCAGCAGAUGCAAUUCUCAACAAAAUCCGGCGUUUGGCAGAUGUCAUUCUAUUUCCAACACGGGAAUGCUGAAAUCUUUGUAGCAUAUCUAAAAAAUCACGUCAAAACAACUAAAGCGAGAAAUGAUAAAAACACAUAUAUUGUUGUGGAACCGAACAGAGAGACACAAGUUUUGAACAAAUCGUUUGCGGAAUUGGAUAUAUUUACGGAGAAUCCCACUGAUGUUGUUUGGAGUUUGGUAUCAAAUUUAAGACAAAGACCUUAUGAAACCACUAUGGAGGCUUUCUCAAAACUCACUGAUAUUGUGUACUAUGGUAAUGAAGGUAUGAACGGUAAGCGGGAUGUGUCAGAAGAAGUAGCAGAUCUGUUAACAAAGAGCAUGAGUGCGAUGGAGGAUAGUACAGCGGUCACCAGAAGUGAUGAGUAUGAGGUUAUCAGUGUGAAACCCACUCUACCACCACGACCUUGUAUACCCAGAGGCACACCAUUGUCAACGGAGAAAUGGGACGGCUUGCAGGACACUGAUGGUCGAGUUACUGAAGUGGAAGGAGUAAAACAACUUAUAUUUAGAGGGGGUGUAGCACAUUCGAUACGCCACUCAGUAUGGAAAUACCUAUUAGAUUAUUAUCCAUGGACAAUGACCCAUUCGGAGAUAAAAAAUCUACAAAGAAAGAAAACAGAAGAAUAUUUCUCUAUGAAGUUACAAUGGAGGUCAAUGACUGAAGGGCAGGAGUCAAGAUUCUCUGAAUACAGAGAAAGGAAGAGUUUAGUGGAAAAGGAUGUUAACAGAACGGACAGAACUCAUCCAUUUUAUGCCGGUGAAAAUAAUCCAAAUUUAAUAGUGCUUCAAGAUAUAUUAAUGACGUAUGUGAUGUACAACUUUGAUUUAGGUUAUGUGCAAGGGAUGAGUGAUAUUUUGGCGCCAUUGUUGUUGUUGUUGGGCAACGAAGUUGAUAGCUUUUGGUGUUUUGCCGGUUUUAUGGAGAGAAUUGCGGCUAACUUCGACAUGGACCAGGCGGGCAUGAAGCAGCAGCUGCUGCAGCUCCAGCAGCUGCUGACGUUCGCAAGCCCCGAGCUGGCGCAGCACCUCGCGCAGAAGGACUCCGGCAACAUGUACUUCUGCUUCCGCUGGCUGCUCGUCUGGUUCAAGAGGGAGUUCUCGCACACUGAUAUCAUGAGGUUAUGGGAAGUGCUCUGGACGGGGCUGCCAUGCGCUAAUUUCCAUUUAUUGAUAUGUGUUGCCAUUCUCGACACGGAGAAAGAUAUAUUAAUAGGCAAAGAUUAUGGAUUCACUGAAGUUUUAAAACAUGUCAAUGAUUUGUCAAUGAGAUUGGAUGUAGAUAAAAUUUUAAGCACAGCGGAAGGUAUAUUCCAUCAAAUAGUUUCCGCACCUCAUUUAACGGACCAAAUCAGAAUAAUACUCGGUCUUCCUACUAUCGGAAGAACGGACACAGAAGUUAAUCAAGACACAGAAGUCAGUCCGAAAGCAGAAUGUUCCAGAAGUAAGGAAUCUUCUAGAAGUAAUGGUUCAGAUCAACGUGUCUUUGCACCGGAGGCGGACGAAGUUAUGUAUCAAAUAGGUCUUGAUAUGAAUUUCUAAAAGCGGUGAUUAUUCUCGCUGUUAUAUAUGUAUAUAUUUUUGUUUGUAUGUCUUUGUAUUGCAUUUUGGAUAAUUCACAAUUUAUUGCAUGCAAACAUUAAAUUUAUUAAAGGUACUGUAAAGUUUUUUUAGAACUUUUUUUA